AUUAAUUUACAUUUAAACGAAAAUUAAACGACACGGCGCAUACUUUAAUUUUCGGCAAUAUCGUUAACAUGAGUUAGUACUUAAGAUAAUAAAAAAAUAUGGAAUUUGAAAAAAUAAUAACCAAAUUAAUGAUUAUACUCAAAUUAACUAAAUAUUGUUUUACAAUAAAUGCUGAUAUAAUUCCCGAUGAUAUUGACACAAGUCUUUCUGGGUUCCAGUCAAAUGUAUCAAUAAACUAUGGUACCAAACAGUCAGACAACCAGGAAGAAGGACCUAGUACAAUGCUGGGACAGGUUGGAGAUUUGGACCUGGACGAGUUGGAUAUCGGAAUUGAAAAAUGUAAUUUCUAUACAGUGAAUAAAACACUUCAACAAAAUGUAAAUGGAACUUUAAUUAAUUCAAAUAAUUCCGGUGAAAGACAAAAAUACUCUAUACAGAUACCAGAAAAUUAUACAGAAAUAUUUGUUCAACAUGCCAAAAUAAUUGGACUUUUCUACGUUGAAAGGAUCGUUUCCAACAUUCAUUUAUUUGAAUAUGCUAACAAAACAGGCAAACUGGUGGAUAUUAAAAAGUUGAAAGCUUUAAUUUCGUCUGAAACAAAGGUAAUAGCUAUUGAACGUUAUACCACGGCAACUGUUAUUGUUAAAGUACCUGAUGAAUCAAGAAAAUUAAACCUUCCUCUACAGAGAAAUAAAAGAAAUUUUGAGGAAAAUGUUUGUUUUCCGUAUUAUGACGAAGAUACGUAUAAAGCACAGCGUCUUGGAUACACUGGUCGUGGGGUAACUGUAGCUGUGGUGGAUAACGGCGUCAACGUUAAUCAUCCUGAUUUAACGAAUUCUUCCGAUAUCUACAAAUCUAAAAGCUUUGUUGCAACAAACAACAUUUUACCAACAAAACUGCAUAACUACAAGGAAUACGACAAGAUAGUAAGUCAUGGAACUAUGGUUGCCGGUCUUAUUGCAGGACAAACUAACAACAAAUCAUGUACAGCAGGCAUUGCACAAAAUACAAAGAUAGUCGUACUGAACGUGGUCGAAGGAAAUAAAGAUUUUUUAGGCAUGGGGUUCACAUUCAAUGAUGACCAUGUGCCGUCAGCUCUUGAAUAUCUUAGAAAUGAAAUAGAUAUAUACUCGUGUAGUUUUUCAAACAGUGUAAUGUUUGAGAAACAAUCGUUGCAGACGAAAGUUGUUCUAAGAGAAGGAGCAGAAUAUUUAAGUGUUUUUAUUUGUUUCUGUUUAGUUUAUUUUCUUUUGUUUAUUUUUUUUAAUUUCAUAGCGUGAUACAUUUGAAAAU